AACCGGGACUAGAACUGGCACCCAUAUGGGAUGCCAGAGCCGCAGGUGGAGGAUUAAUCUAGUGCGCCACAGCACCGGCCCCUUGGGCCAUCUUCUUCCACUGUUUUCCCAGACCAUUAGCAGGAAACUAGAUCAGAAGUGGCACAUCCAGGACUCGAACCAAUUAUCAUAUGGGACACCAGCAUUGCAGGCAGAGGCUUAACCCACUGCAUCACCAUGCUGUCCCCUUAAUGGAGGUUUUAAGGGGCCUCCAGGGGGGCUGCAUUGGUUGUGGACUGAGACCCAGCGAGAAGGUGGUGGCAGACGCUGUCUUUGGAGCACUAUCGGGAAGGAGAGAGGCUGCUGUGUCUGGUGGGGCUGCAGGAGGGUGUGUUUUGUUCGCCUCUAUGAAAAGCCCACCUGCAGGGCGUAGUGGGUCACAGCCCUUGUGCUCGAGGCCUGGGGGGCUCAGCCGACUGCUGGCAUGGAUGGCGAGUACUCCCUUGGGCAGCCAUAUGAAAAGGGCCCAGGGGUUUGUGGCACCAGUUGGGACCAUUGUCCCAGGAACUUCCCUUUCUGUGGCUGUUAGCUGGGGUGCACUUUGACCAGAAGUCACAUCCUACCCAAGCAGCUUUGUUUGCAAGACUGCUUGAGCUCUCCAAAGAUGGUUCCCAGGCCAACGUGAGGUAGAGGAGUCUGGGAUGCCUUGGGCAGGCCUCUGCUCCCCAGGCCCUUACCCUUCAGGCCCCUUUGUGGUCUGUCCCCAUCCCCCCUCCCUCGGCUUUUCCCUUUCUAGCCUGAUCGGUUGGCCACCAGGUGUCGCCCUCACAGUGAAACUCGGUCCUGGAAGCUUCCAGGUUCGAUUUGCCCAGAGUAAGAUGCAGCUAGCCCGGGUUUUUGCCAGAAAUAUGGGUCACCUGGCCCCGUCUUCAGGGUCCUCGGAGCCACCCCUCUGUUGGGCCUGGGGAAGGCCUGACCCUGGAUGAUGGGAGACUCCUGUGCUGUUCAGGUGACAGAAGUGGGUGUCAGGAGGGCCCCACAUCAAAGCAGAGCUGCAAAGGGAAACAUUAAAGAAGCCUAACCUGUUGAGCGGUGACUAAGGCUGGAGAGGAAGCUGGUGGAUGGCGAGGGGUGGGGGACGGAAGGAGCAGGGCCUGUGUGAGCCUGAGAAGAGCUGUCCUCCGCGCAGAGAGCAGCUGCCCGCCCCCACCGUGCCCUCCAGGGACAGCCUGGCACGCGUCCUUGCCCAGAUCCAAGCUCCGCCGUCCCAGUGCUGUGGCAGCCCCGGGGUCUGGGAACGUGGACCUGAGGGUCUUUUACUGAAAUGCUCCACGGCUUCCCAGGGAACCAUCCUGAAUCCUUGUGGGGCUUUGUCGGCGUGGACCCAGCUCAGGUUGAGACCUUUCUUUGACGUUCUCAGAAAACCAGGCGCCAGGACACUUAUCACAGUCACAGCAGAGAGGCGAGCGGCAGAUCUCCUGAUGACGGGGUGCGGCCCUGUGUUUGCCAUGCAGCACGUCGUGGGCGUGCCCCACGCGCUGGCACGGAGAGGCCUCCUUGGAAGGGAACUCUUUGUGACCAGGACUCUCUGCAGCCCAGGCCCCAGCACGCCCAGGCAGAAAAGACCUGAGGAGGUGGCCCUGGGGCUGUAUCACCGCCUCCCGUCGCUGGGAAGAGCCCUGUGGCACAGCAUUCAGCAGCAAGCGUCCUCCACAGCCACGGCGUGGUGGGGCCGCUACGAAGAGUUUGUUGGACUCAACGAGGUUCGAGAGGCCCAGGGAAACGUGACGGAGGCGGAGAAAGUGUUCAUGGUGGCUCGUGGGCUCGUCCGGGAGGCUCGGGAGGAGUUGGAAGUUCAGCAGGCCAAGCUGAAGGAGGUGAGGGACCGCUUGGACCGCGUCUCCAGGGAGGACAGCCAGUACUUGGAGCUGGCCACGCUGGAGCACCGGAUGCUGCAGGAGGAGAAGAGGCUCCGCACAGCUUAUCUGCGUGCAGAGGACUCCGAGCGAGAGAAGUUCUCCCUCUUCUCGGCGGCCGUGCGGGAAAGUCAUGAGAAGGAGCGCACGAGGGCCGAGAGGACCAAGAACUGGUCCCUCAUCGGGUCCGUCCUGGGAGCCCUCAUUGGCGUGGCUGGCUCCACCUACGUGAACCGUGUUCGGCUCCAGGAGCUGAAGGCCCUACUGCUGGAGGCCCAGAAGGGGCCUGUGAGUCUCCAAGAGGCCAUCCGGGAACAGGCGUCUAGCUACUCCCUCCAGCAGAGGGACCUCCACGACCUCAUGGUGGACCUGCGAGGCCUGGUGCACGCUGGCCAGGGGCAGGGCCCUGGGUCUCCGGGAGGUACUUCCCCUCCCCAAGACAGAGAUGCCCUUUCAGCUGCUUUGAAAGAGCAGCUCAGUCAUUCCAGGCAGGUCCAUUCAUGUCUGGAGGGCUUACGGGAGCAGCUUGAUGGCCUGGAAAAGACUUUCAGCCACAUGGCUGGGGUGGUGCAGCUUGCAAAGACAGCAGCACACCCAGGCCCGGAGGAGCCAGCAGACGGGGCUUUGCCCAGCUCCUUGCUAGAGCAGGGGGCCGUGUUCUUGGCAUUGUCGGACAUGGAACAGAGACUUGAGGCGCAAGCCAACAGGAACACCGUCUACAGCACGCUGGUCACCUGUGUGACGUUUGUGGCCACCCUGCCUGUGCUCUACAUGCUGUUCAAAGCCAGCUAGCCCAGAACCCCCUCCAGCGAGUCCCAAGCGCUCGAUGUGGGUGAGGAUUUAGUCGGUGAAUCCCAGCAACGAAGACAGCCUUCGGAGACGCACACGACCUCGGCCUGAGCCGCUGCACCUUUAGGCACACUUUGCGUUGUAGGCAGUGUUUUACAUGAAUUAUCAAAACGCUGCGCUAAUGUCCAAUUAAAAUAUCUUCCAAGUUUGUUUUAUGUAAAAUAAUGGUC